AAUUUUUUUCAGUGUGAUGAGUCACACGCAUUUAAUCUUCCGAACUCAUGUAUGCUAUAAAUACCUUGUAAUAACUACCUGCUUUCCUAUCACGAUGAGCAUGGACGCGGUCUGGAAGCAACUGUCGUGCCCCAGCUUGUGGGAGGAGAGCAACGGCUUGCCCUGCAUCCCGAUGCCCUUGAGUGUGGCGAGCAACGUCUUCGACGAGCUGGACGCUUCACCCACGCCCUGGCACCGCGUCUUGGACAUGAUUAGCGUAGCGUACGCAUACUGCACCCAUAAACGCCAGGCUGAUGCGAUCGCCCUCCUCAGGGACUGCUAUGUGUACCUACUGCCGCAGCCGUACUGCCAGCAUGAUUGUGCAUUACUCAAGCAAUACCGCCCCGCCAUGCGCCACGUGCUGGACUCCUUCUGGGCCGUCCUGGAGUGGGGCCGGACAGAGGCCACGACGCCGUCGCCCAUGCUGCUCGCCUUCAUCAACACCAUAACUCCCUUCCAGCAUCUGAGCCCCGACCUUCAGGCCGCCGUGCACGCCAUCCACGGGGGAGUCACCAAGAUACAACACGACGUCGCCCUUUCCUACCUGGAGCGUUGCAUCAUGAUGAACAGGCUGGAGGGUGAGUGGCACUGGAUGAAGGGCAACAGCUUCUGGUGCGGUGAUUCGGCCGUGGAGCACCUGCGGAUGGCCCACCGCCUGCGCCCGGGGCCCCACACUGCUCUGACCCUGGCCGAGAAUCUGCCCUUGGACAAGUGCCGCGCCGAGGUGGCAGAGCUGCUGGGAGAAGUCCUCCGCCUCUACCCCGACCACCCCUACGUGCUGAGCCACGCCGGCAGACUGCUUCUUCGAGUUCAUGGUAAAACCAAGACCAUGUUUGCCGAGGCGGAGCGCCUUCUGCUGCGCUGCCGGGCUGCCAUCGGGGACCGCUGCUUCCUGCGCCUCCGCCUGGGCUACUUGAUCCAGGAGCAGGGCGGACGAGCGGACGAGGCCAAACGCCACUACGAAACGGCCUGCCGCCUCAAUCCUGCGGACGCGGGGAACAUCCGGAUGAACUACAUGGGGGACUACUCCAAUUGCGUGCCUAUUUCCUUGGACAACUUGAGCCGGAUGUUCAAGUAAAGCCGGUGCCUUCCAUUUCCACGUCGCCUGCGUGUCUCUUGUCUUGUUUGCGCAGUUCUGUGCCGACUGCGGUUGUUUUAUUUUAUUUUGCCUGAGAUAUUUAUUUAUGCUGAAUCAAGUUGUUUCAACGAGCCUUACGUGUUCUAUGGCAAGUUUUUGUUGAGUGCCAAAGACAUCUAAUUACAUUUAUUGCUGAUGCUCGAAUAAAAUGUGUCCCUCCAGG